AAAUUACUCUUUUUGAACGGAAUCAAAUCCAUCGUUCGUUAUUAUCAACUGUAAAAAUCUGUAAUAUGCAAUCUGACGAAGUUGUUUGGCAAAUUCUCAAUCAUAAUUUCUCUUCAUAUAAAGUCAAAACAAAGACGGGUACAUUCGAUCGAAAUCCAUAUAAUGUCACUGGUCUUUUCAAUAGACAAUCAUGUCCCUUGUCUAAUAGUAGAUAUGCUACAGUAAGAGAAGAGAAAGGCAUUCUGUAUCUCUAUAUGAAAACACCUGAACGUGCACAUAGUCCAGCAAAAAUGUGGGAAAAGAAAAAGUUAUCAAAGAAUUACGCAGAAGCAUUAGCACAAAUCGACAAAGAAUUACAAUAUUGGCCCAACUUUUUGAUUCACAAAUGCAAACAACGUCUCACAAAACUCACUCAGAUGUUGAUUCGUAUGCGUAAAUUGAAACUUAAAGAAAAGGAUAGACCUCAGUUGGUCGGUAUUAAGAAGAAGUUAGAAAGACGUGAAGCGAACCGUGAACGUAAAGCAGAAGCAGCGGCACGUAUUGAGAAAUCGAUUGAGAAGGAAUUAAUUGAACGAUUGAAGAGUAAGGCAUAUGGUGAUGCACCGCUCAAUGUCAGUGAAGAAAUCUGGAAGAAGGUUUUGGAAGACGAAAAUGGAGAUGCAGAAGAAGAAGAAGAAGAAGAAGAAGAAGAAGAAGAAGAAGACGAAGAAGAAGAAGAAGAAGAAGACGAAGACGUUGAAUUUGUGUCUGAUGAGGGAGAAUCAGAAAUGGAAGGAGAGUUCGAAUGGGAAGAGGAAAAAGCAUAAGUUUACUUAUUCGAGGCAGGAUAUCAAUAUAGACUAUGUCCAAAAGGAUGUUUACAUUUUCAAAAGCACAUUAUCACUAUUUAAUAAACACAGAGCUUGUCAUUUCAAUUUCAACACUCGAAAGGGACAGUUUCGUACCUAAGUUGUGGCAUAGACUGUUAAAGCAGACACGCGCAGCUAAAAGUGGGCUAUCCUGCUUGAAUGCUUCCACAUGCUCGAGAUGGAUACAAACAUUUGUAAAGGCUUACAACCAUUUUACCCGUAAGCUUUAUCCCAGCAAAGUCAAUUUUGACAGUGUAUAGUUCAGAUUUGAGCAUUUCUUUAUCUGUUUUGGUGCUGAGUUGCCUAAAAACUACAUCCGCGUGAUUCAAAUCAUAAGUACUACAAAUAUCAUUGAAAAAAUCAAUGUAAUUCGCACUCAUGAAAAUUCUAAAUUUCAGU